AACAGACAGAGACACGUUUCACAGCGGUGACAAGGCGAAACUACAAAGAAGAAAUACUUAACCGAUUUUUAUUACAAGUUGAUAUGCCCGAAAAUGUAGAGACCGGAUCAGCAAACCGAAACGCUGAGUCUCAUUAUAAUACAAACUCAUCAGAGAUGGGGAAAGGAUUUCGGACAAUCGAGUUGAUAACUCGACUUGUAUUUGCUGUUGUUAUGCGCUUCUGGAAGUUAUGUACGUCUGCAGCUCUGAUUCUGUUGUUGGCGUUCUGGACAACAGGAGGUGUAAUCACAUUCCUUCUCCUCAUCUUCGCUCUCGUAGGUUUGUUUUACAAUGCUCAGGACAUGCUGUUGUAUUACCCCGAUCAGCCGCCACAAUCACGCCUGUUUGUCCAGCUUCCAAAUACGGUCAACCUUCCUUAUGAAAAUCACUUUAUCCGCACAUCAGACAACGUUCGAAUCAACCUUGUCUUCAUUAAACAUACUCAUGCCAAUGCUCCAACUGUGAUAUAUUUUCAUGGCAAUGCAGGAAAUAUAGGCCACAGGCUUAUAAACAGCCAUGGUUUUUUUACCUCAUGUGGUGUGAAUGUAUUACUAGUGGAAUACCGAGGAUAUGGAAAGAGUGAGGGCACUCCCUCCGAAACAGGCCUGUACAGAGAUGCAGAGGCAGCCAUCAACUUCCUUUUAGGCAGGAAUGACGUAAACAGAGAUAAAAUUGUGGUGUUUGGACGUUCACUAGGUGGCGCUGUAGCAGUGUGGCUAGCAUCACAACCAUUCUAUGCACAACAUAUAGCAGCCUUAGUGGUAGAAAACACUUUUACUAGUCUACCUGAUAUUGGAAGGACUAUAUUUAAUUUCAAAUUAAUGGAAUUUUUGCCAGAAAUAUUAUUUAAGCAUAAAUAUCCGUCAGCUGAGAGAAUAAAAAAAAUAUCUCUGCCAACAUUAUUUCUGUCGGGACAAGCUGACGAUCUCAUUCCGCCCAAAAUGAUGACAAGACUCCAUCAGCUGUCUGGUAGUGGAAUGAAGAGAAUACACAGAUUUGACCAAGGUAGCCACAAUGAGACUUGGAUGUGUUCUGGAUACUACGAGGCUUUUCUCCAGUUUCUUAGAGAUGUUGUACAAGCUAAGACUGCUAGUUUGGCUCAGGAACAAAGCCGACCAGUUGUGAAUAAUUUCUCCUCCGGUCCAAAUUUGACUCAAGUAUGACAACAAGGGUACUAAUUAGUUUACCUUUGUUGACUUCCUAUCACUGUGAUGUUGACCAUUUUGAUAAAGGACAAGUGAUCUGGAGUUCCUUGUUCAAAUGUUUGAUAAACAGAAUAUGUUAUUUGCUUUCAUUUCAUAUAUGGUAUUCUUAUGCUCCAAUUAUCUUGGUUGAUAAAUUGUAUACUUUUUCAUCUAAAAUAGAAUUCUAUUAUACUCCAGUCAUUAUCAAUUAAAGUUAAUUAAAGUUUUUGACACGAAAAAAAAUUUUUUGAUUGAGAAUUACAGAAAAUUUUAGUGUACUCUGUUGACCCUUGACAUUCAGUAAUUUCUGCAGUCAAAUUGCAAAUCUGAAGGGUGAAAACGUGAAACAUGUCCCUUCAAAUUCAAGUGUCAAAACUAUUUGUGAGAGCCAAAAUAUACUGUACCCAAGGGUCAGUUGAUUUCACAGAAUUUAUUUUUGAAAAGUGAGAAAAUAGAACUGCAGUGUUACAAAAUGCAGUAAAAUGGUAAGUGGGGCAUAACAUAAAGAUAAUAUUGUAUUCUUAUAUGAAUUGAAAACAAAUAAAUAAA